AUGAUAAGCAACGCCGUCCUCACGUCAAACCCCAACGAGGUACCGGGGCCCGUGCAGCGCAGGCACCUGGAGUUCUCGCCUGGAAGCGGGCGCACAUCAGUGACUGCGCCAGCUGCGCCACGGGCCAGUCCCUCGACCGAGGCCUCUCGCAGUGAUGAGGAUUCCCCGUACCCUCCCAGUGAUACGUCAAGGUUGCCACCGACAUCCUCUGCGGCAUCUCCCUCAGCGUCGAUGAUCAACACCUGUCCCCAUGCAGACUUGCUGGCAAGCGAAAUCUUCGACACUACGACCCCGUCACAGGCUGUGUCCCACUCCCAGCCGCUACCGCGACCUGCGCAGCCCAGAUCACACGACGACUCACGCCCGCACGCCUUCCCUUCUCAGCUCGACUCGUAUGCAAGGGGCACAGCAACGAUCGCCAGCAUGAGAGAAUUGCAGGUGCGUUACGAUGACUUGCUGGAGCGCUCUGAGGAUCUGCGCAGUAAGUACGCAGUCCUGCACACUCGGGCGAAGCGUGUUCAGGAGCGAUUCCAGAAACUGGCUGCGCAGGCUAAGGCGAGGAGGCACGUGUGA